GGAGGGAGAGAGAGAGAUAGAGCAAGUGGCCCCUUGUUUCUCUUCCUUUUUUCUUCGCCAAGCGCGCCGCUAUCAGCCCUGGGCAGCCGUCCGUCGCUGAGGGGAAAGAAAGGGAGAACCAUCAUGACAACUGAAAAGAAUUUAUCAGCAGAAGCUGAAACUCCUAAGCAGCAGCCAUCAAAAGAGGAGGAGGUAGCUGCUGAUACAGAAACGCAGGAAGCUUCCUUGGAGAAAGCACCUGAGGGGGAGAAUCAAUCAAAAAAGAAGGCCAGAGCAUCCAAUGGUGACACACCCACACGAGAGGACCAGAGCAAAAACAAAGAGCGCACUUCUGAAAGUCGAGGCUUGUCCCGACUGUUUUCAUCAUUUCUCAAGAGACCCAAAUCUCAGGUCUCUGAGGAAGAAGGGAACGAGGCAGAAGCAAAGGAACGUAGUGAAGGAGGCCAAAAAGAAACAGAUUUGGAUGUUGAUCUCAAUGAAGAGAUUCUGCUGAAAGCUCCAAUAGCAGCUCCUGAGCCUGAACUUCGAACUGACCCAUCUUUAGAUCUUCACUCACUAAGCAGUGCAGAAACACAGCCUGCUCAGGAAGACAGGAGAGAAGAUCAAGAUCAAGAUCCAGAUCCAGAUAACAGAGACUGUGAACCUAAGGAAGAAGGAGAACAAGUGGAGUGCUCUAAUACAGAAGAAAAAAAGGGCAAUACUAAGGUGAAAGCAGACAGAGAAGUAAAAGGUGCUCAGAAAACAAUAAGAAGACCCAGAAACAGCAUGCACUGCAAGAUUACUUUGUUGGAUGACACCAUUUUUGAGUGUUCUUUGGAUAAACAUGCCAAAGGACAGGAUAUUCUUAAGAAAGUAUGUGAUCACCUCAAUCUUUUGGAAGAAGACUAUUUUGGACUGGCCAUAUGGGAUACUCCAACCUCCAAGGUAAGAAUGGAGACAUGGUUGGAUGCUGCCAAAGACAUUAAAAAACAGGUUCAUGGAGGCCCGUGGAAUUUUACCUUUAACGUCAAGUUCUAUCCUCCAGAUCCAGCUCAGCUGACAGAAGAUAUAACAAGGUAUUAUUUGUGUCUUCAACUGAGAAAAGACAUAAUCAGCGGGCGACUUCCUUGCUCUUUUGCUACACUAGCUUUACUGGGUUCCUACACAAUCCAAUCUGAGCUAGGAGACUAUGACCCAGAUCUGCAUAGCGCAGAUUAUGUCACUGAAUUCAAGCUGGCCCCAAAUCAGACAAAGGAACUGGAAGACAAAGUUAUGGAGCUACAUAAAACAUACAGAUCUAUGACUCCAGCUCAAGCUGAUCUUGAAUUUCUUGAGAAUGCCAAAAAGCUGUCUAUGUAUGGAGUUGAUCUUCAUCAAGCCAAGGACCUGGAAGGUGUGGAUAUAACUUUGGGAGUCUGUUCCAGUGGCCUUCUUGUCUAUAAAGAUAAAUUAAGAAUCAACCGUUUCCCUUGGCCCAAAGUGUUGAAGAUUUCUUACAAGCGCAGCAGCUUUUUUAUCAAGAUCCGGCCUGGUGAGCAUGAACAAUAUGAAAGUACAAUUGGAUUCAAACUUCCUAGUUAUCGGGCAGCUAAAAAACUGUGGAAGGUCUGUGUUGAGCAUCAUACAUUUUUCAGGUUAACAUCCACUGAAGCAAUUCCUAAGAGCAGGUUUCUCGUGCUGGGCUCUAAGUUCCGAUACAGUGGUCGGACACAAGCUCAGACAAGACAAGCCAGUGCGCUGAUUGACAGACCUGCACCUCAGUUUGAACGGACAGCAAGUAAGAGGGCCUCUAGAAGCCUUGACGGUGCUAAACGUGGCUCUCAAAAAAUUGAGUUCAAACUCGUAGAGGAGGAGAAGCAGGAGCAUGUGGUGUUGGUUGGGGUUCCGGAAUCAGAACCAGUGGAACAAUUUCAGGAGAAGCCAGCAGUAGCAGUGGUUACACCUGACCGAAGCCCGCGGCCUACGUCUGCUCCAGCCAUCGCUCAGAGCCACUUAGCUGAACCAACUCCACCGGCUGUACCUGAUAGCAAGGAACCAGCAGUCACUAAACCCGAGAAGGAAAUCAUUAGAAAAGAAGUAAAAGUUGAAGAAACUCCUCCAGAGAAGUCGAAAACAGAGUUAACCGAAGGAGUCCAGCAGCAUGCAGGAAAAGAGGAAGAACCGAUAAGAAUGAGGAAGAAAAGAUCAAAGAGACUAGAUGGUGAAAACAUUUAUAUAAGACAUAGCAAUUUAAUGUUGGAGGAUCUAGAUAAAACUCAGGAGGAGAUAAAGAAACAUCAUGCAAACAUCAGUGAGCUGAAGAAAAACUUUAUGGAAUCUGUCCCUGAACCACGGCCAAGUGAAUGGGACAAGCGCUUGUCAACUCAUUCUCCCUUCAGGACCCUUAACAUCAAUGGACAGAUUCCUACAGAAGCAGAAGGAGUCAAGAAAGCCACAUUUCAGUCCUGUGGGAGACAGGUUGGUGGGCCAGAGCCACCUCUUGUGAAGACUCAGACAGUUACAAUCUCUGAUGUGUCCAACACUGUGAAAAGUGAAAUUCCAACUAAAGAAGUUCCUAUUGUCCAUACAGAGACCAAAACCAUAACUUAUGAAGCUGCACAGACUGAUGAUGGCAACAAGGACAUAGACCCUGGAGUGCUGCUAACUGCUCAGACCAUCACUUCAGAGACCACAAGCAGCACUACGACUACACAGAUUACAAAGACUGUGAAGGGUGGAAUUUCAGAAACACGAAUUGAAAAAAGAAUUGUAAUAACAGGAGAUGCAGACAUUGAUCAUGAUCAAGUUCUUGUACAAGCAAUCAAAGAAGCAAAGGAGCAACAUCCAGACAUGUCUGUUACCAAGGUGGUUGUCCAUCAGGAGACUGAGAUUGCAGAGUAAAUAGCAAGGCUUUAUUUAUCAGAUGAUGUCUGUUUUCAGGCUGUGAAGGCCACAAAAGAUAUACCAGCAAAACUGCAAGGAAAACUACCUUGGAGCACCGUGACCUCAAACUUGCCAGACUUACUCCCAGUCAAUCAUUUUAUCAUUUCUUAUUAGGAAGUUGUGCUUGUAGAUGUUUACUUGGGAUUCUCCUUAAUAUAGUGGAUACUUUUUGAUUAUCAUUUUUAUAUUGUAACUGACAGUAUGCCAUACUUUUCACAGUACUGAAAUAUUUUUUACAGGUUUCCUUUAUCUUCUUUUUCUUUUUUCUUAUUUUAAUUAUAAUCAUUAUUAUUUUGCAUUCCCUUUCCCAUCACUUUUUCUGGAUUUGUAUUAUAAUGUCAAAGGCCCUUGCAAAAAGAACCUGUAGAGGUUACCGAAAAUGGUUGCCUUUUCUUCGCAUUGCCCUUCCUCCUGCUCCAUCUACUCUUGGAGCAGCUUGCUGUCUCUCAUACCUUUUGAACACGUUAUAGUGUGGCGGUAUCCAUUACUUAGAAGCAGACCCUCUUUCUAGAAAAAUCAGAAAAUCAGUUUGUUCAACAUUUUUACUUGCCUCUUGUGAUUUAAUAAAAAAUAAACCCAGGGUUUCCCAGGUGCAGCUAUUUCAUAUACCAGGCACAGAUAUCCCUUCCUUUUUGCUUCUGGAUUUCCCUAGCUUUUGUGGGUUUAUGAGCCAAUAGAUUUUUUUAACUCAGAAGGAGGUUAUGGUAUUUGCACAGGUAUUUCAGUAGUUAUCUAGAUUUAGGAAUGAUGAAAGUUACUUUACCUUUUAUACUGUGAAUUCUAGAGCUUUUAAAUGAACUGUGAUAAGGCAUCUUGCCUUCCUUUGCUCUCUUUCUCCCCCUCCUUUUACUUUUUUGCACUCCUUGGAAGUCUGCAUCUCUUCUCAAUCCCACAUGCCAUUUUUGCUUUUUAUUUUCCAUUAAAUUAAGCCUAUUAGAAUUACGUGUUUAAGAGGAGAGGAUUCUGAAUGCUGUGAAGUAGGCUGUGAUUUGCAAUAGUUUUUUUAUCUCCCCCCCCCCCUUAAUUAUUUGUGUUUGUGUUUUUAUUUUUUGGUAGGAUAGUUUUAAAACCUUGCUGAAUUUUUAAAUACUAUUUAAACUUGUGGUAUACAGUGGUGUGGCGCUGGACUAUGUUUCUGGAGAUGAGGGUUUGAAUCCUUGCUCAACCAUGGAAACCCACUGGAUGACUCCGGGCAAGUCACACACUCAGCCUCAUAGGAAGGCAAAGGCAAAUCCCCGCUGAAAAAACUUGGCAAGAAAACCUUAUGAAAGGGUCAUCAGAAGUCAGAAAUGAUGUGAAGGCACAUAACAACAAUGAAUUUAAAAUUGGAACACUGGCAACAUAUCAGAGCAAGGGAUAUAUGAGUCUCAAACAUCCCUUAAGUGACAAUCCAGUGUAUUUCAGCUUUGUAAACUGGCAGUUUUAAAGUCAUCCAGGAUGUAAUUAAUAUUGACUGAUGUUCUGGAGAGUAUGCUUGUUUUGAACUUAAAAGGUUCCUCUGAAGUCAAUAUAAUAAUUUGUACAUUUUUUGGGGUGCAGUUUGCAGAGCAUAUGCUUCCUUCAUUUCAGUGAAGUCUAGAAGACACUUUACAUAAGUCCACCACAAUGAAGGGAGGUGUAGAGCAGCAGUCCAUAGCGAAUUGCUCCCUCAUGCUCCUUCACUGCCAUGCUGAAAUAAGGCAACCAAGCCCAAGUGUGGCUCAUUUCUCAGCAUUUUAACCUGUGUAUGACCACUGGAGAAUAUUGCAUGCCAUGCCAUCAAAAAUAAUAUUUGUAAUAAUAAUAAGAGCAAGAACAGAACUAGAUAAUUCUAUGGGUAGGUGGGGGAAUUUUUUUAAAAAAUAGCAUCAUCCAUUCUGUUUUUAAAAAUGGCCACAUAAAGAAACUUCAGGAAAGAUUGUUGGUAGGAAUGCCACAAUGGGGAAUAUAUUCUCUUCAAAUAAACAUUGGCUGGAAUCCAGUUGGGGAGUUACAAAUGCGUAAGCACUGUGGUUAUGGCUCUAUGCAGUGACAGCAAUGCAGUCCCGAUCCUCCCAAUCCUUAUUUAUUGGGCAGCAGCUGUUGCGAUCAAUGCGGGUCUGUUCCCCUGUUGACUGAGAAGCAUCUAACUGACAUUCACAACCCCUCCAGUGAGCAAUCUCUGGUGCUGAGUGUGCUGGUCUAUGACCGUAAUAAAGAUUAACUGAACUGAACUGGUGCAGCAGGCAGAAGCAGGGUCCCUGUCACAAUUCCUCAUGCCAGAAAUUACUGUGCCAGAGAAGUGUGACUGUCAGCCAGACCUAGUAAAAGGGGAUUGGGGUACUUUCACAUUCCCAAUGUGUCUCCUAAUCUGGGGGGUACAUAGGAAUCAGGCAUAAAAGAGAGUCACGAGUGUAACUAGGUUUCACAUUAAUAACUGCCCAACGGGAUUCUGACCAUUGUCACUGCUAAAUAGAUAACAGGAUGCCAAAUUCACAAAUAAAAUGAACUUCAUUGGUAACACUAA